AUGAUCAGACUCAACACUGAGAACGAGGUAUAUGCUGCUAAACUACCACAAUUGCAAGCUGAAUUGCUAGACGAGACGUCGCAAGUAGAUGAAACACAAGCCCAAUCCGUGCAGACUCAGCUGGCUUUGACGCAACUUAGGGCACGAUCGCAUGUCCUCCAAACACGAAAAAAUUCUCUCGAGGCGCAGAAUAACAAAUUAACACAAAAACUACGAGAAUGUCAGCAACAAUUGAGGCGUAAAACGGCAGCGUUGCAGCAACAGACCGAAAAGGCGAACAAAUUUGAGCUCGACUUGAACCAGCUCAAGACCACUCACACACAAGAAAAACUCGACUGGAAGAACCGGUUGACGGCUGCAUUAAAGCGAUUUGAGCACGAUAAAACGAAGUUAGAAAAUGAAUUCAAAGCUGCAGAGAGAAAAGUGGUCCGUGAGAUGAAGGGCAGAGCGGAGAAAGCUCUUAAGAAGCGACGUACUGCAGAAGCCACGACUGUUAGGCUGAACGAGCAACUGAAGCAAUGCAAAUGGGAACUCUCAUCGGCUAAUGACAUGGUCCUAGGCCGCACAAACGAAGUCCGAACUCUCGAGGCUCUUCUGCGCAAGGCACAUCGUACUGAAGCCACGCUUCGCAAUGACCUGGCUAUCUGUAAGACUAGGUUACACUCUCUUCAGGACGAGAAGAAGCGUAGCAUGGCACGUUCUGGCAUUGUGCGAACUCGUCGUCAUCGACUUGGAAACCAGGUUCCUAUUGAGAUGCUGCUAACUGAUAGUAGCGACGACGAAGACCAAGACAACCAGGUGAAAGAACAGUGUAUCCAUUGUCUCGCUUCAACUAAAGAUCAAUCUCCAUGUUCACCUUGCAGUGAAUGUCCACAACUUAAAGACAAGAUACACCAAUUGCAACAAAAACUUCGUCGCUUACGGUCACUUCACGCUACUGAAUUGAACGCACAGGCCUCCGUACUGGAUGCGUUGCUACAACGCAGAAACGACAGCAGGCCGCGGUAAUGCAUGUGGCUGGUACAAAUUCUACUUGUAGAGGUCAAGAUUUUGGUUCGAAAACACACUCCUUCGAGAACUUGCGGAAUACUACCCAGCAUUUUUACGAAUUCUCAGUCUUUCGACCAAUUCAAAAAGAAUGAGAAGCACGGAUCGUUAAAUCCACGAGGGAGAGCGGCACCAACCUGAUGCCCCAGAAGUAGACAACCGUCACAAAUGGGCAAGAUAGCAUUGUGGUCAAUCGGUGUUUGGUUUUCAUCGUCAUCGCCCCGAAAGUUUCCAUCCGCACGCGUCUCCAACCUGUACUGACGAAUCUGUAGACUCGAACUUCUUGCAAAUUACGCAUCUCAGGUGGUAGGACUGCGCUGACUUGUUCCAUCGGUCCACCAGCAUUCCGCCGGGUGGUGGUUCUUCAUUAUGGGGACCCGAUAAUUGAUCCAGCAGCAUUUGCAUGGAUCAAAUCACCAUAUUCCACGAUCCAAAUUCUUCCGUCUCACCGCUCCAUAUCUCUCGGCUUAGAUGCUUUGGUUAAAAGCCUUCACAUAGUUAAAUCAGUCGGCCACCGAUGCCGAGCACAGUUCGAUAGAGUUGCCAUUGCGGUCAAUACGCAGCAGCGAGUCCUUAACUUCAUUCCAAUCCAGACGAUUGAUGUCAUCGUUGAUUCAGCGCACCACCUCACAAAUUCUUCAGUGUGCUCGUGCGCCAUCACG